CUAUUGCAUCACAGUAUUGAAAUACCUCAAUAAGAGCCUACAAAAUUAUCGCACCAGACGCGUGGACUCCUGUAGCGUUCACUUCGUUGGGAAACGGUUUUCCAGGGAUUAAUUUGGUCAUAUGCAGCGAUUACACACCCGGAGUGGAGACUUCAACACGGGGGCAACACCAUUCAUGCAAAUAUUCCACAACCACUAAGUUAACUGUUACUUCAUGGGCAGGGGACUUUAGUACGGUGCAGAGCCAUAUACGGUGCAAAGAGGAACUACGGUGUUGUACUGACUUUCAAUAUUGAACGCCAAAUAUAAAACUGUCUGCAAUGGAGUUAUUAAAUCCAAGAAACACCGAUAUGGAGAUAUGAAACAGAGACAAACCGCAGGAUUUCACCCUCUGCUACAUGUUGAAUACGGUUUGCUCACCUGUAAAAAAAAUUCUACCGCUGCAGAAAUAUUACGUUAGUGUAUAAAAUGAAGAUUCAUGGUUUGUGUUCUUUCCUCAACGCGCUGCAGGGAAACGCUUUCUCUGGCUUUAUCUGAACGCCAGCAUUCGAUGGAAUUGCUGAAAAACUUCUAAUUGUAAAUUGUCGCGGAGAAUCAUGACGCUGGACCCCAUCGUCGCGUGCUGCCUCAGCGAGGAGGCGAAAGAAGCGCGUCGGAUCCACGGUGAGAUCGAGCGGCAGCUCCGCCGCGACAAGAAGGACGCUAGGCGCGAGCUCAAACUGCUUCUGCUGGGAACUGGAGAGAGUGGGAAAAGCACCUUUAUUAAACAGAUGAGAAUCAUUCAUGGCUCAGGCUACUCAGAAGAGGACAGGAGAAGCUUUACCAAGCUGGUCUACCAAAACAUCUUUACAUCUUUGCAGGCCAUGGUACGGGCAAUGGAUACUCUCCACAUCCACUACAAAUAUGAACAUAAUAAGGGCAAUGCAAACAUUGUCAGAGAAGUAGACGUAGACAAGGUCGUCUCGCUCGUCAACCCCUAUCUAGAUGCAAUCAGGAGUUUAUGGAAUGAUCCAGGAAUUCAGGAGUGUUAUGACCGGAGAAGAGAAUACCAGCUCUCAGAUUCUACAAAAUAUUAUCUAAAUUCACUGGAUCGCAUUGCCGACCCUUCCUAUGUCCCGACCCAGCAAGAUGUGCUCAGGGUCAGAGUGCCCACUACAGGGAUCAUUGAAUACCUCUUUGACCUACAGAGUGUCAUAUUCAGGAUGGUAGAUGUAGGGGGGCAGCGGUCAGAAAGGCGGAAGUGGAUCCACUGCUUUGAAAACGUGACCUCCAUCAUGUUCCUGGUAGCACUCAGUGAAUAUGACCAAGUUCUCGUUGAGGCUGACAAUGAGAAUCGAAUGGAGGAAAGCAAAGCAUUGUUUGGGACGAUAAUAUCACACAGCUGGUUCCAGAAUUCAUCAGCUAUUCUUUUCCUGAACAAGAAAGACCUUUUGGAAGAGAAAAUCAUGUUUUCACAUCUUGUAGAUUACUUUCCUGAAUAUGAUGGACCCCAGAGAGACAGUCAAGCCGCACGAGAAUUCAUCCUGAAGAUGUUUCUCGACCUGAAUCCAGACUCCGAAAAAAUCAUUUACUCUCAUUUCACCUGCGCCACUGACACAGAAAACAUCCGAUUUGUAUUCGCUGCUGUCAAGGACACCAUCUUGCAGCUUACACUGAAGGAAUACAAUCUAGUCUGAACAGCAGCCGCUUAUGGUUUUGUCAUUGUCUUGCUGGGUUAAAGGACUCACCAGUCUGCAGCUAGAGACUGCCUUAAUGCUCUGAGCCAUUAAAGACUGCUUUAACUGUUUAAGCAGCCGGCUGUCCCUGAUUCUGCUCUAUGAAAUUGGACAGACAAGUUAUUUCUGUCUGUAACGUAAGCUGAUCACUGCUUCAUCAUUAUUUAUUUGCAUCUCAGAGCUACUUUACAGGGUUAAACUUAAAUGUUAUAAUUCCAUUUUAAUGAAUAAAUCCUUAUUACGUAUUUUUUAAGGUUUAUUCUGUAGCAGGUUGUGUUUGGUUUUCAAGUUGUACACAUUGAGCUGUUUUCUAUAAAUGUUAUGUAGAUUUCUCCAGAUUGGAAAUAUUAAAGGGAUACUCCACCACAAAAUGAAAAUUUUGUCAUAAAUCACUGGUUCCCCAAUGUCGUUCCAAACCCGUAAAAGCUUUGUUUGUCUAUAGUUUUGAUGUAAACCGGGAGGUUUGUGCCUGUCCCAAAGAUUGACAAGUAAAAUACACUGUCAAGGUCCAAAAGUACAGUAUUAAAAGCAUUGUCAGAAUAGUCCAUCUGCCAUCAGUGUUUCAACCAUAAUGUUAUGGAGCGACAAUACUUUUUGAAUGCGAAGAAAACAAAUAUAAUGAAUUUACUCACUCCACAUCAGUGUAGACACAAGGAAUUUUUCUACGUGUAUUUACGCUUUGAUUUGAAAUCUUUGUGGUGCGGCUGACACAGAAGAGCGUGCUGUCUGCGUUCAGUUAAAUUCUCAAAAAUGGUGCUACGCUGAUGUGGAGUGGCACAGAGGAAACAAAUUUUGGAAUAAAAUCGUAAUUUUAGUUUUCUUUGCGUGCAAAAAAUAUUGUCUUUGCUGUAUUGUCCUUGGCAGUCUAUGGGACAUUCACAAGCCGCCUGGUUUUCAUCCAAAAUAUCUUAAGUUGUGUUGGGAAAUGCGAAUACAAAAAAUAACUUUUACAGGCUUGGAAUGACGUGGGGGUAAGUGAUUAAUGACGGAAUUUUCAUUUGAAUUAUUCCGUAGUGGUGAGGUUAUUAGAAAGCAAUGAAAAGUACUUUCUAAGUUGUAACCUAGUAAGGAUCGGAGCAAGCCUAGGGUAGCACUUUAUUUUACAGUCCUGUUCCUCAUGAACAUACUAUGUACUUAUUAUAGUAAUUACAAUAACUAUGUAAUAACUAGGUACUAACCCUGAACCUACCCCUAAACCUAACCCUACCCCAUGUAGUUAGCUUGUGUUACCAGAACUUUCUUGGAUAAAUACACUGUAAGUAUACUAUAAGUUCAUGUUGGUACACGUACUGUAAAAUAAAGUGCAACCAAGCCUAGUAGAUAAGGGUCUUUCUUCAUUUCCGAGACACAUGCAAUGGUGAAGAAUAGAUAACCGCUAGUUUGCAUUAACAUUUGUUAAUAAUGCAAAAGUUCUUCUAAUGUGACUAUUAUUCACUGCCCAGCUAAUAAUCAUACCACAGAUAGUAACUUGCCCUUGCCAGUAUCACUUAUUUCUGUACCAUACCAGUUCUUUGUCAUUUUCUUCUCACUGUGUUCUUGGAACAGAUGAUUGUACAUCUGCUGUUCAAGACCUGAUCCAUUAAGAUCAUCAGUGUUCCACAACAUCAAGCCUGAACGAUGUGCCAAGAGACGAUUCCUGUGUAAUGGGCCAUUCUGAGAUUUUCUGUAAAACUUGCAUACGUUUAGAUUGUUCCGUAAUAAAUUACCCAACACAU